AUGGAAUAUUUAGGCAUACCAGUUAACGUUCUUUUUUCUGAUGAGAUUCCUCCGCCAAUGAUGGAAUUUAAAGAUAUUUUACAAGAUAAUACCAAACCUUUAUUUGCUAUUAAAAUAUUUCCGUGUGAUGCAAUAAAUUAUCUCAGAUCAAACGGAUCCGGCCAGUACACUCUUGGUAAUGCAAAAAUCACACAAAUAUGCGGUGAAACGAACAUAACCAUCAAACUAGAGAAAAAAGACUGGGGUUUAAAUCUAAUAGAUGUAAUAUACGCCAAACAUGGAAACUUUCUACAAUGUGAAACAAAGACAUCUCCAGACAGUUCCAAGCUUAUGGAUGUUAUAUUUAAGUUCCUGGGCUUGUUUCAAGGCGGAAUCAGAGAAAGAAAAGUUGACUUUAUAAAUCUAAACAUUGAGAUUGUUGACAAACCAAUAUUUAAAAGCGGCCACAGAGUACAUGGAAUUACAUCAAUCAAAAGAAAACAAAAACGCUUACCUUUAAUAAAAAUUUUAGUGUCUUCUCAUCAAGUACCACAGGAGGCUGUGUAUGCGUGCUUAGUACAUGAAUUAGCACAUGUAUUAACGUGGAAUAUCAGCAAAAACGAACAUCACGGAAACAUCUGGAUGUUUACAAAUGGCUGCAUUUUAUCCUUGUUUCAAGAUUUUCUUACAAGUUGUACAGAGUCCAGUAUGUAUUACAUGUGUGUAACUGCUUCAGGUUUCAACAUUGUUGAAAAGACUCAAAUGAUAACAAUACCAAAGUACGUAUUACCUAUAAAUUUGUAACUUUUUUAUUAAAAUAUAGGAUAAGCGCUAAUUAUAUGAAUAUAUCCU